UUCACAGUAAUUGCCAGAAAAUGUUUAAUAGCUGGGUUUUUGGAUUUCAAGAAAUAUGAAACGCAUUAUAACUCAUUCUCAAAAAUCUGGAAUUUGGAUGCUGAUGAAAUGAUAGAUGAAAAUGAACUAUUAACUAAAGAAGAUUUCAAGAGGCCUGUGCCGUCGAGUGAUUGUGGCAUAUCUUACAAAGGGAAGAAGAGAGCGUGUAAAAAUUGUACUUGUGGCCUUGCUGAAAUGGAAGCUGCUGGAAAGAGCCAGAUUUUACCUCAGUCUUCAUGCGGAAAUUGCUAUCUCGGUGAUGCGUUUCGAUGCUCAAGUUGUCCUUAUCGUGGUUUGCCACCUUUUAAACCGGGUGAAAUCGUUCAAUUAUCAAUUGUCGAUGAUCUUUGA